AUUAAUCUAAUACUAUUUAAAGUAAUGUAUUAUUUUAGUACAUUAAAAUUUUAAAACCAAAUUUGUACAAAAAAUUUGAAUUAUCACUUGAAAAUUCACUUACAGUAGUACUCCAAAGAUUAAUGUGAUGAGCAGCAAAGUAAUUUAUCGUAAUUGAUCCAAUGUAUACUAUUUGAUCAAGAGAGAAUCUAUCUGAUUCCCUAUGAACGAUUUCGUUGAUGACAAUCGGCAAAAUGACUGGCCCUUUGAGAACUAUGAUUCGCUAAGAGAGUCUCAUUUGAAAUAACUAUUUCAAUCUCGAAAUAAUAGACAUUAGUGAUACUUGUCCGUCAGAGAGGAAACGCCGGCUACGAUUGUCGUCGUACUUUUGCAGCCUACGUCAUCGCUCGGUUUACGCCAUGGCAUCACGAUGGACCGGUUCUGCGAAGGUGCCCCCACCGAUUUCUCCGUCGCGUUCGCGACGCUCGCGGUCCCGCAAUUUUUCUCAUUGCAAAAUAUCGAAAGAAAGAAUCACAGAGUAUGAAUCAUUGCGCUUUUAUAGAAGUAAAAUAAAACUUUCGAUUCACGAACAAACAUCACGCCUUUAUGAUAGACUUCCUCGUCUUUUAUCGACCAUUUCCAAUUUUUGGCAUUUUUGUCACGUAAAAAUAUAUACGUCAUGUAUACAUUACGAAUUAUUAAAUACAUUUUUCGGUUGUCACGAAUAUGAUAAAAAGUUUGAAUCUGUAUCAUAGAGAAAUUAUAUCAUAUAACUGAAAACUUAUUGUAACAAAUUUAAUUGUAUUUUAAUGUCUAUAAAAAAUGAAAAAUUUUAUUUUGCACGAGUCAAUCUAUGUUGGAAUCUAGUUUGGAAUUUUAUCCGUAUAGUGUGAGAUAUCAACAGGUGUACGCAUACAUACGAAUACAGGAAAAAUAAAAAGACCACAUCCUGCGUUUACAUACGUGUUACAUAACGUGUAUUCUGAUGCGUGUACGUGCACACGUGCGUCUAUAUUCACAAGUUGAUGUAACAUUAAAUACCACCGAGUAAUGUCUAUUGCGCUCAUUAGAAAGUAAUAGAAAAGUAAUAGAAAAGAAGUAGAAAGUAAUAGAAAAGACAAAAAUAUUAUUAUGCUUCGUCAUGUUUCAUAUUAAAUUUAUAAUCGGUGAUAUGUACUUAAUAGAUACUUAAGCAAGCGAAGUAUCUGAUGAAAUAUCAAAGGAAAAUUCUUUCUUCGUUAAGCCUUUAAUAAUAAAUAUAAUUUUUCAUUACUUUCGGCGUCGUGCAAACGUUGGAAUUCGUCUUCCGACCAAGUUUAUUAGAAUUCGGCAUUGACAUAUAAGCGUAUUUACGGCAUACGCUAUCGCGCUGUGCAAAUACGUACAGUCGUACACUAUAGAGAGACGUCGCAGAUAAGCCGUAAGAGGAAGAAGGACGGACUGUAAUCUGGCAAUACAUCGUAACAACACGAACGUAUACACCUGGCCGAUACCGACGGUAGCGACGACGUGUUCACGGGUCACGCAUUCUAACACGCGUUGCCGGUCCUGAACAAUACGCGAAUGCGUCUCACGCCGCGGGCAGGAGCGUGUGGGACACACGAGGAUGGGUGGCAACGUCCCACGCCGAACAAAUAAGCCACGUAUGGGCGAAUGUGCAGAGGCUCGUCGCGGAAAGUAGGGGUGCCGCCGUCCUCUCCAGGCAUAAAAGAUCCAUGGUUAGUAUAUGUCAGUGUCAGUGACGGGAGAGAGGAACGGAGAGGAGAAACCGUGUGGUCACCUAGACCAGCGGCGGCGAGUUACCGCCGAUGCCACAUCGACUCGCGAUAUCGGGCCGCGAACAUCGCUUCGCGUCUCUCACAUUCACGAAUUUUCAAGCCGGCAUUACCUUGGAGUGAUUGAAAAGAAAGAUAGAGUUUCGGGAGAAACGAGCAGAGAAGAGGCACGCUCGAAGUUCGCGCACGAUUAUCCGACGCGGGCGAGAAAGUCCGAGGUUCAUACAGAAGAAACGAGUUUGUAAACGAGACCGGUCACAGCCGAGCUUCAGUUCGUCUGGGAGACUCGAAGAGUGGCGCGAGCGCGUGCGAGCGAGCGAACGAGCGGUGUAACGUAGUUAAGACCGAGUGCCGAUGAUAAACUGUUGUGCGCCGGCAAUAAACGCGAGCUUUUUGUACUUAGAAUCUAAGACCAGCGGCAACGUUAAUGUUUAAAAAAUUAACGCAGUUGGCUGUGCGUUUUAAAAACUUUUUUUAACGAUAACGAGUUUUUCGGGCUUGUGUGAAAAUUUAUUAUCGAAUAAUUCGACUGUGGAGACGGCCAAAGGCACACCGCGAUGACAAUUCACAAGAAAGGCACGGUGUCGAAGAUGAAGAAUGCGGGAACCGCGAAGAGCGGCGAAGUGGCGACAACCUCGACGUCCUCGGAUGUGACGACAACGGAGACGGUCGAGGUUGUGUCCUCGACCAGCGUCGUGCAGGAGUCGAGUCAGGCGAAGAAGAGCGAAUCCAGAAGUAGCGUGGUGGAGGUCACCAGUGGUAGUCGCGAGGUCAUCAUGGAUUCCAAAGGUAACGUUAUCAAAGUUAUCGAGACACCUCCGCAGACUAUCCAGCAGAGCACGUCCAGUCGAAGGACGGGAAAAAGCUCUGAAGACUUUAUAGCCGGGGAGCAGGUGCAAUCGAUUAAGCAAGCGAAGACGGUGCACGAAAUUCCACGUGAUCACGCGACAUCCGUUGCGGAAACGCGCACGAUUCAAGGAGAAACGACUGAACGAGCCGGUCAGUAUGAACAGAUGCAAAGUCAAAGCGCAUCUCAUUCGACGGUUCAGCAAUCGAGCUCUUCGAGCACCUUGGUCGAGAGUACAUCAGCGAGCGAGAAUCACAGCGGACAUCGCUCCACCAUUGUGAUUUCUCACGACGUUGAAAAUGGAGCACGCGUUCCUCUUCAAACAUCAAGGUCGACCGAGAGUACUCACGUGAGUAGCGAGACGAGCAAAGGCAUAACGAAAGAUGGCCAAACAGUUUCGAGCACUACGAGAAUACGCGAGACGGGUGAGAGAAUCGACGACAACGGCAGAACGAUGUCCACGUCGAGCAAGGAAGUUGACAGCGAGCGUACGGUCACGCCUUCUAACGUAGCUGUCAUUAAAAAUACCGAUGAUAUCAAGAGAACUGAUGAUAAGAGUAAAUCAGCAAGAUCGACCGUUGAGAUAUCGACACGUUGCAACAAGCCCGGCCAAUCUACGUGGGAUGGCACGUUCGUCUACGAGAAACCCAGCACUCCUAAAGGUAAAACGGCACCCGUGAGUUCGAAGAUUCGCGAUGACACGAGGGACAGUAAAGCGAGCGUUAAAGUCACUCAAGAAGCCUCCUCGACCGAGGAGAUAUCGCUUAUUGAUCAGACCGUGUCUUCGAGUUCAAGCGUGACUCGAGAUUCGAAAACGAUAAUUGACAAGGGUCAACGAUCCGCGGCGACUCGUCUUCGUGAUAUCACGUCGGAGAAGACUGUCACGGAGGACACGACGGAUUUUGCCGGUGAGAAAGGACCGGCUCGUUCCUCGAAACCCGGCGGCUCGACGUGGGACGGAACCUUCGUCUCGGAAAAAAUUACGACGCAGCCAAGAAGGCGUAACGAUUCCGACGUGUUCCAUGGUCGCGGCGACAAUGUCGUGGAAACGACGCAGAGAAGAGAUUUCAAAGAAACGAGUACGGACGGUACAUACGAGAAGGAGUCAUCUGAGACCACGCGUGUCGUAAAAGGUGCCACGGACAGCACCAGAUUUAUUUCUGAGGAACGACGUGACGUAAGCAAAGAGAGCUCGAUUCAUGUCGACGGCACGCCGUCGAGCAAGGAAGAACACCCUGCUCGUGUACGAAGACCCGGCGAUUCCACGUGGAACGGUGAAUUUACCUACGAAAAGUCGCGGGACAACGUGAGGAAGCAUCCCUCGGACAUCACCGUUGUCCGCAGAACGGAGAAAUGUCAUGAUUCCGUGGAUGUUCAAGACGUUAGCGAAGAACAGAAUCUUUCAAAUAUCUCUGAGUCGGUUUCCGCAUCUUACAUCGUCGAGUACGCAAUUUCCAACGACAAGAAGAAUGUCGAGAAGGUCACAUCGGUGUCCGAGAUAAUCCUGGAAGAAGACGGUCCUGACGACAAAAUCACGCGUGGUCCUGGAAGUCCGGAGAGACAAUCAAAGUUCGACACGACCUCGCGUUGUUACAAGCCCGGUCAGUCUGCCUGGGACGGCACCUUCGUCUACGAACGACCGGUAACACCUGACAAUCGUCGAAGAUCGGAAGACAGACGUACGGUAAAAACUAUCGAUAUUCGGGAUGUUACGGAGGACAAAUCGAUUAACGAGACGGACGUUACAAGCACCUCUUACAUCGUCGAGCAUUCAUCAAGUCAGCAGAGUUUCUCGGACAUCAGAGAUGCCAGGGGUACGUCCACGGUGUAUGAAACAGUCAUUUACGAGGGGCGUCCUGUCGAAACGACGAUUCGAUUUGACGGAGAUACAUCGCGAAACAAAGUUUCGACGACGGAACGUCGGGGUAGUCCCUCUCCGCGACCUAGAAGCCCGGAGAAGAUGCCGAAAGACAGAGAUCUGCAAAGUACCAAACCGGGAUCGUCGACGUGGGACGGAACUUUCGUAUUGGAAAAAUCGCAAGAGAAAACGCGAUCACCCAGCAGAGAAUCCAUUGAUGGUAGGCUACCGGAUAAACGUCUAGCUGAAAAAACAUUCGAAGAUGCGUCAAAGAAACACAUUAGCAAGACCAUUAUCGAUCUUCAAGAUGUCACGCAGGAUGUAUCUAGCACAUCAGAGAUCAAGGAAAGUGCUGUCGUUAUGGGGCAAUCAAGAACGCACGAAAGUUAUUCAGAUUCCUCUAAUCUCGAUUUUUCAACGACUUCCGUCGAAACUGUUAUUAUUCGCGACGGUCAGCCGAUAACGACGCAAAAAACAGUGACUAUUCAAGAAAGCCCUCGUAGCCCGGCGAAGAGGCUGCCUGGUGACGUAAUAACUACUACCGGCGUUAAAGAGACCACUGUUGAAAGCCUCGAAAAGAAGGAGUCUCAUACAGAUGAUAGAAGUUACCGACCUUUGAAACCAGGUUCAUCGACAUGGGACGGAUCGUUCGUAUAUGAGAAGCCAAAGGAGAGAAAACCAACUGACAGAAAGUCACCGAAAGAUGUACUUGAAAUUACGGAUAAACGAAGUCAAAUCAAAGAAAAACCGACCGGCAGUGUUGAUCACAGAACAAUUACAAUACUGGACACGUCGAAAGACUUAACGAGCGCUGCUGAUUAUUCUACGAGCUCUGUCACGAUCGAACGAACGUUCGUCGCGGAUUCAGAGACGUACGAUUCUUCGAAUAUAUCGAAAACUUUUAUUAAAGGAAGCACAGACGAUCAAGUUCGUGAAAUUGAUUACGAGAGACCGAAACAGCUGUUUGACGGAAAACCUAAGCCAACGCCUCGACAACGCCCGGAGGAUGCCAAGGAGCCUAAACAUGAGAAACCGCAAAAAAGUCCAGUGGACAGAACGCAUCGACCGUCGAAACCAGGUGCUUCCACCUGGGACGGCUCGUUUGUAUAUGAGAAACCAGAGAAAAAAGCAAAAGAUCAAAAGGUACCGAAAGAUACAGCUAAAACUAUGGAUAGACGGAGCCCAACGAAGGAAAAACCAAGUGACAUCACUGAUUAUAGAACAUCUAUUACAAUAUUGAACACAUCGAAGGAUGUAUCGAGCUCUGCCGAUUAUACUAGCACGGUUGAGCAAACACAUGUCACUGAUUCAAAGACGUGUGACUCGUCAAAUAUAUCUAAAAUUUUUAUCAAAGGGAGUUCGGAACUACAUUCGAUCGAGGAUAAGAAAUCAAGACAACCCGAAGAAAGGCCUCAACCAUCUCCUCGACAACGCCCGGAAGAUAUCAAAGAACCUAAGGACGAAAAAUCGCAGAAAAGUCCGGACAGAAUGUACCGACCGUCAAAGCUGGGCGCCUCCACCUGGGAUGGUUCUUUCGUGUAUGAAAAGUUACAGGAUUCGCAAAAGAAACCGACAAGUGACGAAACAACUGAAGUGGCAAAAAAACCGACAGAUAAACGAAAACCGACUGAGAAAGAAAAACUAAUACCGACUACAAUUUCGCGAAAACCAACGGACAAGGAAACGCAGAGGGACGUCACCGAGAUUAGAUAUGUCAAAGAUAUCGCGGAUAUCACACGUGCGGAUAUCACGCGUACAUCCGAAGUGCUUCAGCAAUCCUCUUAUGUAAUCGAUCAGUCUUCGAGAUUCACUUCUGUGCAAGAUGUGCGCGAUGUUAAGGACGAACGUGUCAUCACUGAAUUUACGACGGACAGACGCAAGGAUGUGAAAGAUGUUACAGAGUCAACGAAGGAAUUUAUCGACAAAGAGCAGGUGACUAGCAUGGUAGCGCGGGAUGUCGUUGACACCCGAUUUGGUACCAUCACCGGCCCGGUAUCCCGGUCGCCAGAUGAUUUCACGAGGAAAUCGUCGCCGGAGCGACCCGGUUAUCCUCGUGGAAUACCUGGACUCAGAGAGGACGAUCGACCGAAACCGAUUCCAAUUGCUGGAAAGCCUAGUCGAUCUCCGCAGCGUGAAAAAAGUCCUCAGCGACCAGCAGAACGUGGCAGGCCUUCCGAAAUUCGACCGAAAUCACCGGAAAAGAUUCGGGAGUACACGUCGCCGACUAGAAAACCGCAGCCAGCGGCCGGUAAGCCGAGUCGACCCGAGGACCGACCUGUAGCACCUAGGAAACCCGAUAAAGAAUCUGUACCCACAAAACUUUCCGAGAAAAAGCCGACUACGGAGCGAAAAUCUAGCCGAUUCGAGAAACCUGAAAAACCGAAGAGAUUGGAACAAGACAAGCCUAAACGAGGAGACCAAAGUCCAGAUUCUCUCGACGAAGACGCGGUUUAUCCUAAAUCAAUGCCGGUCCCGGAUAUAUUGUCAAAAAUCCCUCUAAAGGAACAAUGCAUUUGCGAGCUUUGUACUUGUGGACGUCAUCGUUGUCCACAUAAUUUGCCCCAAGAACAAUGGGACUUCCCUCAUGAAGAAUCGAUGCACACUGUAACUUCCUACCGUCAGGAUUAUGACGAAAAGCACGUAGAGAAACAAACGAAAUUUUAUCAUAAAGAUCACUUACAUACGGAGGGUGAAUUUAUCGGACAAAGACGAACCGAUUACGUGGCUACGAAGGGCGAGAGAGCGCCGGUCAGGAAACCGCAGGAUCAUCUUAAGCCGGAAGGCGAAUUUGUCAAAAGACCAAAGGAAGAGGCGCCCACAAGGGGCGAAAGGGCACCUGUGAAAAAGCCACAAGACAAUCUCAGACCGGAGGGCGAAUUUGUCGGCAAACCUCGAGAAGAAGCUCCGAAAUACGGUGAACGAGCGCCAAUCACGAAACCGAAGGACAACUUAAGAUUUGAAGGAGAUUUUGACACUACAACAACGACUGAACUGGUUUUUACCGGCGCUCCUGGUGAACGGCCAAUUCCGAUACGUCGUAAUACUUAUACGAAGAUAGAGGGUGAUUUCAUUGAUGAAACGACAACGCGAUCGCAAUACGUCGAUCAUCAUAGUAUCCAACGCGCUGAAAUCAUUAAACGAACGGAUAAUCUAACCGUGGGAGAGGGUGAAUUUACAGGUACCUCUCAUAUCAAGAAAGAUUUUCAAACUCAUAUUGUCGAGCGGGAACCUCAAUGGCGACCAAAAUAUCCUGAAGACACCGAUCGAUUUUACAGCAAAACAAAUGUCAUUGAUAGUACUACCACCACUCAGGAACAAUUUCGAACUUUUGAUCAGACAGAUUAUAAAAGUAGUACAGUUAUUAGAAGAGCUGACAAUUUAAGGCCCGAAGGUCCCUUCGAAGCAUUGCCUCAUACAAAGGAUGAUUACAUUGCUCCAAUAUUACUGCGUAGGCCAGAACCACAAAAACCUAAAGAUAAUUUAAAACCCGAAGGAUCGUUCGAAGGACAACCUAAAGAUGAUUAUGCGCCUAAACGCGGCGAACGCUAUGAAGCAAAACGGCCAGAAGAUAAUUUACGUCCUGAAGGUCCAUUCGAAGGACGACCUAAGGAUGAUUAUGCACCUAAACGUGGCGAACGCUAUGAAGUGAAACGGCCAGAAGAUAACUUGCGUCCUGAAGGACCAUUUGAAGGGCGACCUAAAGACGAUUAUCGGCCAACCAAAGGAGAAAGAGCUGAUGUUAAAAAACCACAGGACAAUCUGAAACCAGAAGGACCGUUCCAAGGACGUCCAAAAGAUGAUUUUACACCAAAGAUAGCGGAACGUCCUGAAGUAAAGCGACCAAAAGACAAUUUACGACCUGAAGGUCGUUUUACGGAUCGCCCAAAAGAUCAAUAUACACCUGGUGAAAAACGCACACCAAUCAGACAUUUUGAUAACUUAUAUCCUGAAGGCGAUUUCGAAAGGCCUGAGCCAAUACCUUAUGGUCCUGGUGAUAGAGCAUCUAUUGUCCGCCAUCCAGAUAAUCUAUUUCCAGAAGGAGAAUUUCCAGAUAAAAAAGUCGAACCAUUUAGACCUGCAGAACGUAGAACGCCGAUUAAACAUGACGAUAAUCUUCGUCCAGAAGGUGACUUCGUAGGAAGGCCUAAAGAUGAUUACAAACCGACCAAAGGAGAACGUGCCGAUGUCAAACGUCCUGAAGAUAACUUACGACCGGAAGGCCCGUUCGUGGGUCGUCCAAAAGAUGAUUAUUUGCCCAAGCGUGCCGAACGUCCUGAAGUGAAACGUCCGGAAGAUAACUUACGUCCCGAAGGCGACUUUGAAAGACCAGAGAAAGCACCUAUUGGUCCAGCAGAAAGACGCACUCCAAUUAAACAUCCGGAUAAUCUUAGACCUGAAGGCGACUUCGAACGACCUCGUCAGGAUGGUUAUCGUCCAGCAGAAAAACCUGAAGUCAAAAAGCCAGUGGACAAUUUAAGACCCGAAGGUGAAUUUGAAAGACCACGUCCUGGAAAAUAUGCUCCAGCCGAGAAACGGACGCCGGUGAAACAUCCAGAUAAUCUGAAACCAGAAGGUGAGUUUAUUGGCAAACCAAAAGAAGAUUUUGUACCUACGAAAGGUGAUCGCGCUGAUGUGAAAAAACCAACAGAUAAUCUAAGACCGGAAGGUCCAUUCGAAGGUCGACCAAAAGAUGAUUAUCGACCGGUACGUGGAGAACGCAUGGACAUUGUGAAACACACGGACAAUUUGCGUAUGGAAGGAGAUAUAGAAACGUAUAGAUCCAGAGAUGAAUAUACCGAUUUCUUAAUACGCGAAAGAACUGAAAUUACUAAAUAUCAAGAUAAUUUACGCAUGGAGGGUGAAUUUAUUGAUACAAGAACGCGAGAUGAUUUUAAAGUCGUUAGAGGCGAACGCAUGGACGUGGUUAAACAUCGUGACAAUUUAAAACCAGAAGGUCCAUUCGAAGGCCGCCCGAAAGACGAUUACUCGCCUAAGAGAGCAGAGAGACCAGAAAUUAAAAAGCCGGAAGAUAAUUUAAAACCAGAAGGCGAUUUCGUACGCCGACCUAAGGAAACAGUGCCUAAAAAAGGCGAGAGAGCUGACGUUAAAAAACCGAAAGACAAUUUGCGGCCUGAAGGAGAGUUUGAGAGACCAGAGAAAACAUCGAUCGGUCCAGCAGAGAGACGUACUCCGAUUAAACAUUCUGAUAAUUUGAAACCAGAGGGUGUAUUUGAGAGACCAAUACCUGAAGAAUUCAAACCUGCCGAAAGACCAACGAUAAAGAAACCACACGAUAAUUUAAAACCGGAAGGCGAAUUUGUGUCUAGACUAAAAGAGAAAGCGCCAAAAGGUGAGAGAGCCGAUGUCAAAAAGCCGCAAGAUAAUUUGCGACCGGAAGGCGACUUCGAAAGACCGGAGAAGAAGCCGAUUGGCCCCGGUGAGCGACGUUCUCCGAUUAAACAUUCUGAUAAUCUAAAACCAGAGGGUGAAUUUGAGAGACCGAAACCUGAAGAAUUCAGACCUGCUGAAAGACCGGUAGUAAAGAAGCCACAUGACAAUUUAAAACCGGAAGGUGAAUUCGUCUCUAGACCAAAAGAGAAAGUCCCGAAGAAAGGUGAGAGAGCUGAUGUGAAAAAGCCAAAGGAUAAUCUCAAACCUGAGGGUGAUUUUGAAAGACCGGAAAAGGCAUCUGUUGGUCCAGCUGAACGACGUACUCCGAUUAAACAUCCGGAUAAUUUGAAGCCGGAAGGUGAGUUUGAACGACCUGAGCAGGAAGAUUAUCGUCCAGCGGAAAGGCCAGAGGUUAAGAAACCAACAGACAAUCUCAAACCCGAAGGCGACUUUGAGAGACCUCACCCUGAAGCAUAUGCUCCGGCUGAGAAACGGACGCCAAUAAAACAUUCAGAUAAUCUUAAGCCGGAAGGUGAAUUUAUUGCUAGACCGAAAAAAGAUUUCAUGCCUACUAAAGGUGAUCGCGCAGAAGUUAAAAGACCGGAAGAUAAUUUAAAACCGGAAGGUCCAUUCGAAGGUCGGCCAAAGGAUGACUAUCAACCGGUACGCGGAGAACGCAUGAAUAUUGUGAAACACACGGAUAAUUUGCGUAUGGAAGGAGAUAUAGAAACUUACAGAUCUAGAGACGAAUAUACCGAUUUCUUAAUACGCGAAAGAAGUGAAAUUACUAAAUAUCAAGAUAAUUUACGCAUGGAAGGUGACUUUAUUGAUACGAGAACACGGGAUGAUUUUAAAAUUGUUAAAGGCGAACGCAUGGAUGUCGUUAAGCAUCGUGACAAUUUAAGACCAGAAGGUCCAUUCGAAGGUCGUCCAAAAGAUGAUUAUUCGCCUAAGACAGCAGAAAGACCUGAAAUUAAAAAGCCGGAAGAUAAUUUGAAACCAGAAGGUGAUUUCGUACGACGACCUAAAGAAGAAGCGCCUAAAAAAGGCGAGAGAGCUGAUGUUAAAAAACCGAAAGAUAAUUUGCGGCCGGAAGGUGACUUCGAAAGACCGGAAAAGAAACCAAUUGGUCCCGCCGAGAGACGUUCUCCGAUUAAGCAUUCUGAUAAUCUAAGACCAGAGGGUAAAUUUGAGAGACCAAUACCUGAAGAAUUUAAACCUGCCGAAAGACCAGUGGUAAAAAAACCACACGAUAAUUUAAAACCAGAAGGUGAAUUUGUGUCUAGACCAAAAGAGAAAGCGCCAAAAGGUGAGAGAGCCGAUGUCAAAAAGCCGCAAGAUAAUUUGCGACCGGAAGGCGACUUCGAAAGACCGGAGAAGAAGCCGAUUGGCCCCGGUGAGCGACGUUCUCCGAUUAAACAUUCUGAUAAUUUAAAACCAGAGGGUGAAUUUGAGAGACCUAAGCCUGAAGAAUUCAAACCUGCUGAAAGACCAACGAUAAAGAAACCACAUGAUAACUUAAAACCGGAAGGCGUAUUUGUAUCUAGAUCGAAAGAAGAAAUACCGAAGAAAGGUGACAGAGCCGAUGUAAGAAAGCCGCAGGAUAAUUUACGACCGGAAGGCGACUUUGAAAGACCGGAAAAGAAACCAAUCGGUCCUGCAGAACGACGUUCUCCGAUUAAACAUUUUGAUAAUUUAAAACCAGAGGGUGAAUUUGAGAGGCCUAAGCCUGAGGAAUUCAAACCUGCCGAAAAACCAGUUAUAAAGAAGCCACACGAUAACUUAAAACCGGAGGGUGAGUUUGUGUCUAGACCAAAAGAGGAAGCGCCAAAAGGUGAGAGAGCCGAUGUCAAAAAACCGCAAGAUAAUUUGCGACCGGAAGGCAACUUUGAAAGACCGGAAAAGAAACCGAUUGGUCCCGCUGAGCGACGUUCGCCAAUUAAACAUUCUGAUAAUUUGAAACCAGAGGGUGAGUUUGAGCGGCCUCAAAAAUCAUCUAUCAAACCAGCAGAACGACGUACGCCAAUUCGACACGAAGACAAUUUACAUCCGGAGGGUGAUUUCGUUGGUCGACCGAAAGAUGAUUUUGUUCCCAAGCGCGUCGAUCGACCAAUUCAAAAAAAGCCUCAAGACAAUUUGAAGCCUGAAGGAGAAUUCGUAGGGAGACCUAAGGACGACUACAAACCAACUAAAGGAGAGAGAACUGAGAUCGUAGUGCAUCAAGAUAAUUUAAAGAUGGAAGGCGAUAUAGACAUUUAUCGAUCUCGAGACGAUUACAUGACCACGUCAAAACGCGAGCGUGUGGAUAUUGUUCAUCACGAGGACAACUUGAAAAUGGAAGGUAAAUUCGUUGAUAUUCAUCGUCGAGAUGAUUACCGAGCUACUCGUGGUGAACGCAGCGAAAUUAUAAGGCAUGAAGACAAUCUUCAUCCUGAGGGUGAUUUCGAACGACCGGAAAAAACAUCAGUAGGUCCUGCUGAGAGAAGAUCUCCUAUUAAACAUCCUGAUAAUUUAAAGCCAGAAGGCGAUUUUGUUCAACGGCCGAAGGAAACCGCACCUAUCAAGGGUGACCGAGCAGUCGUCAGGAAGCCGAAAGAUAACUUGAAGCCCGAAGGUGAAUUCGAGAGGCCAGCGAAAUCACCCGUUGGUCCUAGCGAACGACGAUCGCCUAUCAAGCACCCGGAUAAUCUUCAUCCGGAGGGAGAAUUCAUUGGCAGACCUAAGAAAGGCACUCCGCUAAAGGGCGAUCGAGCGGAUGUGAAGAAACCGAAAGAUAAUCUUCGCCCCGAAGGAGAUUUCUACAUUGUGCCUAAGGAUGACUUUACUCCAAAGAGAGGAGAUCGAUCGCCGGUUAAGAAACCUCAGGACAAUCUGCGUCCCGAAGGUGAAAUGGAAGUAUCUCCGAAGGAUGAUUAUAAAUAUGUAAAUGGAGAACGCAUGGAAGUACGCCGUCACGAGGAUCAUCUGCGCAUGGAGGGACAAAUAGACAUUCACCGUUCAAGAGAUGACUAUAAGAAAAUCACGAGAGUGGAGAAAGUAGAUGUUAAGAGACACGAGGAUAAUCUCAGAAUGGAAGGUGAAUUUAUUGACGUGCGUCGCAAAGAUGAUUACGUGCACGUGGUUGGUGAACGCGUACCGAUUAAAAAACAUCCGGACAAUCUAUAUCCAGAAGGAGAUUUCGAUAGACCAUCUCAGAAGACCGUGAUCAGCCCCGCAGAGAAGAGAUCGCCGAUCAAGCAUCCGGAUAAUCUAAAACCGGAGGGUGACUUCGAACGUAGAGUUCCGACUAAGAUUGGUCCCGGUGAACGACGGUCGCCAAUUCGUCACGCCGAUAACUUGAAACCGGAGGGUGACUUUAUCGGACGCCCACGCGAUGAUUUCACUCCUAAGAGAGCAGAGAGAGCCGAAGUUGUAAAAAGAGAGGAUAAUCUAAAGAUGACAGGCGGUUUCGAAGGCACUACGUCUCACAAAUCGACUUAUACGAUGGUUCGUGGCGAGCGAGCGGACGUUAAGUCGCACGAAGAUAACUUAAAAAUCAGCACUGGCACAAUGGAAACAAAAACGACUACCAGAGAUACUUACACACCUUCUAAACAUCAACCUUCUCCCGCUGAUAAAACGGUAAAUCGCCGAAGGCACAUGGAAUCGUCUAUCUCGCUCGGUGACGAUACUACUCUAAUGACUACGACAAAUCAACGUAAUUACAAUACUUACACGAAACGUACUGGAAAGGAUAUCGCUGCAAAGAUGGGCCAGAUGGAAUCUGACACUAGGAAGACCAUGGAAUCGCAAACUUUAGCAGAUGGAACUGUCGUUACGACCGUAAAACGUACUUCUGCGCAGUCUAGUCAGAGAGCCGCUAAUGCGCAAACUGUUACUCAUCAUCAGCAAACGCAACAUAUCACAGAUCGCCGUGGAGGCUCAAGAACCGAAGACAGAUCGAUUACAGAAGGACUAAAUCAGCGAGGACAAAUCAUACGAGGGGAAGAUACUCGUUAUACGACCGACACCACACACGGCGAGCUCCAUAGGCAGCAGCAUCAGCAACAGCAUCACGUCGAGCGUCAUCAUCAGGAAAUGACCAUGCGUGAUUACGUGAACGCGCAACAUAUGGAAAAUCGACAGAGAUCCACGACGAAGCAGCACGAACAGCAUACAAUCUCCAGUCAGGCGCGAUAUAAUUCGAGCAGUCCGGAAUUUCGGCAAAUCAAUGGACAAACGACCAUGGAACGAUCGCAAAUGGACUCAGGUGCGAAGUUCGGCCAUCACCGCAAGAACGUGAUAUCCUCUUCGUCGGCCGAUGUCAACAAUGCAGUGCUCCAUCGACGCGGCGCCGCUUCUUCCACCGAGGCGCUUCACACGAUCUCGUCGACAGCGGCGGAUCAGCGUAAAAGCAUUUCGAACCUAGCUGAAAGCGGACAAUAUAUCAGUAAUUCAACCCAGAGCAGCGAUAGACGUAGCUUUACUUCGCUGCACCGCAGCUCUAAAGAAGUCAAUCCCUGGGCCUCUUCUAGUUAUGAGCGUCCGCAGAGAAUCAUUCGACAAGACAACUUGACUGUCGGUGGGAAGUUCUAUUCUCAGAGUGAGGCGAAGAGCUAUGGCAAUUUCUCGCAGAGUACUCAGAAAGUAGAAAGGGUCCAAAAACAGGCAAAUACAUCCCAUAUUAAUUUAGGCGAUGGUAGUACUAUCAGUUCUAGCCAGUACAAAAGAGAAUACGUUCCCAGGCACAGGGGACCGUGUCCAGCAGCUCUUCUAGAAGCUAAACAGGCGCCUUUCAAGCACACCAGAGACACGCCGAAGCACAAGUUUUACAUGCCGGUCGUGUCUAACUGAAUUGGCCUAUAAAUUUUAAUGUUUUUAAUAUAUUUUUUUUUAAUUAUACUGAAUAAUGAUACUAAAGUACUGAAAUCAAAAUUUUAUUCUACAAAGAUGAUAUAAUUAUACGCGACAAAAUUUACAAUUUUGCUUUUGAAAAUUAUAUUCUAUUAUAUAUCGACCAUUGAGUAAAAAUAUGUAUAAUAAUUAUAAUU